CUCCGGUGUUACGUCACUCACCUGUCAUGGCUGCUCCCGUGGCGCUCAUUCAGGGAGCCAGCAGAGGACUGGGGCUUGAGUUCUGCAGACAUAUCCUGAGAAACAAAACCCCCGCUGCUGUCAUAGCGACAUGUCGAAACCCGGACGGAGCGGCCGAGCUGCGGGGCCUGGCCGGGCAACACCCGGGCAGACUGACGGUCCUCCAGCUGGACGUGAACCGGGAGGAGGACAUCCGUGGAGCUGCGGAUCGGGUCAAGGAGAGCUUCGGUAGGCUGGAUCUGAUCGUCAACUCCUCGGCGAUGCUUCAUCCCUCCGGUAAAGGAGAGACCAGCCUGAGAGAUGUGUCUGCUCAGGGCAUCAUUUCCACCUUGACGACCAACACAGUGGGCCCCCUGGUCAUGGCCAAGUAUUUCGCCCCCCUCCUUCAGAAGGGCGGAGGGAGUUUCGGUCAGCAGCCCGCAGAGAAAGCCAAGCAGCACAGUGGCAUCAUCGUCAACAUCACCGCCAAAGUGGGAUCUAUUGGCGACAACGGUCUUGGUGGCUGGUACAGCUACAGAAUGUCUAAAGCAGCUCUCAACAUGGCUACCAGGAACCUGUCCAUAGAGCUGGGCCGCAGUCGACCCAAGGUGGUGUGUGUGUGCUUACAUCCAGGAACAGUCAACACAGACCUCUCCCGGCCGUAUCACAAGAACGUGCCAAAAGGCAAGCUGUUCAGUGCCGAACACUCUGUGACCUGUCUGAUGAGCAUCAUAGACUCUCUGAAUAUGGAAAAGACUGGCAGGGCAUACAGCUGGGAUGGGACUGAACUUCCUUGGUAGAAACAAUAAAUGGACAGAGAGAGAGGUUAAUUUACUGACCUCUGCUCUUGACGGAGCGUGCAAUGAGCUGGACUUUACACUGAAAGGAGGUUCUCAAGGUGGAGUGACAGUCUAAACAGUCAAAAACAAACCUCUUUCACUACCUCACAACCAGCCAAAGUGCUUAAAUCACCUCUAAUGUUUAUGACGUUAAUAAUGCCAUCACAUAAAGUCCUCAUGUGGCUUUAAUGCGGUUGUAAUUAUACUCAUGAUCUAAUGCAGAACAGUGUGUUUCCCUCUGCUCCAGUCUUUGGGGCAAGCUAAGCCAAACAUCUGCUAGCUUGUAGCUUCUUGACAGACAGAUGUGAGGGUGCUACUGAUCUUCAGGGUUGGGGAGUAAUGGAAUACAAGUAACUGUUUCCUUGAGUGUGAUGCCUAAAAGCAAUUUCAGAUACUCCUGUUUGUGUUUCGUGCCUUAUUGUUUAAUAAAAUCAGUGUUUGUCAUGGCAUUAGACAGCUGA